AAAAAUGUAUAAAUUAAAAGAAACUGUAUUAUAUCAUAACUUUUACAAAGUUUCCACAAAAGAAAUUAAGUUUAAGAUAUUUUGUUAUUAAAUAAGGCGAAAAUACUGUUAUAAUCUUAAACAGGAACGUGAAAAUAAUAACCACAGUAGUGUGAUUGCUUAUCAAGAAAAGUAGACAUUUAUACAAUGCAAUCUGACGAGAAAGAUAGUGACUUGAUGCCAAAAUUAGAUCUUGCAAGAGAUAAAAGUAAAUUAAAAUAUAGUGAUAUAAUAUAUAUGAAACAAGCAGAAGAAGUAGCUAUUCAAAGAGCAUCCCAAUAUGCAAAAAGACGUAACAAGUGUGCGAAAGCAGGUUUUGCUCUAGCUGGUUUAUCUUUAGGAAUUUAUCUGUAUACCAUAUAUGCUGUAAAACAGGAAACAUUUUUAAAUGAUCUAUAUGAACCUGAAAAAAUAAUUGAAAAACCUAGUUCAAAAGCUAACGUCGCUUAA